AUGGCGUCAUCCACUGCACCUGCACCUGCCCCUAGCUUUGAGUUUGAUCAUGAUGGUGAUGAUGAUUCAGAUCCUGUUUUUCCACCGGACUUUGAUCCCGAUCAUGACAUUGAGUUUAUUCAUUUAGACCAGCCCUUGGAGGAUCCUGUAGCCCCUGUUGAUCCUUUGUUUGCCGAUCUAGCUGACUUUGACAUGGAGUUCGUUGAUCCGGAGCCUGCUGUGGCCCCUAAGCCAGUUGUUGCUCCCGACCCCGCAUUAGAGCAUGACCCUGUUCAUGCCGAUGCACCUGUUGUUGCUCCUUUCAUUGAUGAUAUACCUAUUGAUGAUCAUCCUGUUGUUGUUCCACCAUUAGUGGAUGAUCACACUGCUGAUGCCCAGGUUGAUGCUCCACUGUUGUUAGAGGAUCCCGUUGUUGCACCAGCUCUCGCACCACCCGUUGCGGACCUCCCUGUUGUCGCACCACAUCCUGAUCCUAUGCCAGUGAUGUUAGACCAUGCACCUUUUGCGACCCAUAUUGAUCCAUGA